UUGCUGCCUGCCUGCCUGUACCAGGGCCCGCGGGCAGGGGUUUGGGGGAAAUUAAGGGGCAAGAAAGUGAGUGGAGGCAGCCUGGGGGAGCAAAGGGAGGCCGUGGCUCGGAGGCCGUGGCCCGGCGUGAGCGUGGCAGGCUGCUGCGGUCCUUCCAGGGUGCAGACGUGCCCCAGGGCAUGGAAACCCUCCUUGCCAGCAGGCAGGUCCUGCCUUCGCUGCCAGACACGUGGAGCGGCUUUUGCUCCGGAAGGAGGUCGAGACCGCUGGCUGCAAACCACCCCUGCAGGAGGUGGGGGGGGGAAUGCAAACCGAAGGGGUUUUGGGGGCCCCCGCUGUUCCCCUCCAGGUUUGCGACAGCGAGCUGUCCCUGCGUGGGAUUUUGGGAAGCGUGUGGCGUGGGGCUGACGUCGCCGGGGCCGUGCUCGGCUUUGCCAGCGUUUCUUGUUCCCGGCUUCACCUUCGCGGUCGGAGGGGGGGUGGUUUGCAACGGGGAUCGAUGAGCUCUGGGAAGCGAACCCGAGGGAGGUGGGAAAGAAGAGGGGCUUUGCCUGGCCUUGGCAGCUCCUUCGCAAUUCUCGUUACUGCCGGGCAUCGUUCCCGGGCACGUCCCGUAGGACACCCUCCUGGGCAUCCCCUCCCCACGGCAGAGAUUUGUUCCCUCUCCCCCGUCCCAGCGCGGCAGCGAGCGAUAAAGUAGGUCAGGCGCUGGGCCGAGCGCGGCACCGCAGGUCCCGUGGCUGGCAAGAGGACGCCCUUGAAGCAUCCCUGAGACACCAUGAUCCCCAGCGCAGGCCCCCGGGGCUGCUGCCUGCUCAUGCUGCUCUGCCUUCUCCCCUGCCUGCGGGUCUGGGCGGGCAGGGAUGCCGCGGGACUGGAGCUCUCUGCAGCCUCCUUCCUGCAGGAUCUCCUCCAGCGGUACGGCGAGAGUGAAACUCUGAGCCUGAAGCAGCUCAAGGCCCUGCUGAACCGCCUGGAUGUGGGAGUGGGGCACGCCAAUGUCUCCCAACCGCCGCAGCAAAGGGUGAACCUCUCCCGGUGCUUCAGUUCCGUUGAGCUUUUCGCCAUCCACAACCUGAGCGAGGGCUCCGCCGUGGGGCACAGCGAGUUCAAGGAGUUUUGCCCCACCAUCCUGCAGCAGCUGGAGUCGGGGGCGUGCGCCUCCGAGAACCUGGAAAAUGAGGAAAACGAGCAGACAGAGGAGAGCAGACCCAGCUCGGCCGAAGUCUGGGGUUACGGUUUCCUCUGCGUGACCGUCAUCUCCCUCUGCUCGCUGGUGGGAGCCAGCGUGGUACCCUUCAUGAAGAAGACCUUUUACAAGCGGCUGCUCCUCUACUUCAUAGCUCUGGCGAUUGGAACUCUCUACUCCAACGCCCUCUUCCAGCUCAUUCCCGAGGCGUUUGGAUUCAAUCCUCAAGAAGAUUAUUACGUUUCCAAAUCCGCCGUGGUGUUCGGGGGCUUCUAUCUCUUCUUCUUCACGGAGAAGGUCCUGAAGAUGCUCCUGAAGCAGAAAGACCAGCAUCACCACGGGCACAGCCACUACGGCCCCGAGGCUCUGCCUUCCAAGAAGGACCAGGAGGAGGGGAUCACAGAGAAGCUGCAGAACGGGGACCUGGACCACAUGAUCCCGCACAUAACCAGCGAGUUGGAGUGCAAGACCCCCUCUGGGGACGAGAAGGUUGUGGUGGGCUCCCUCUCGGUCCAGGAUCUGCAGGCCUCCCAGAGCGCGUGUUACUGGCUGAAGGAGGUGCGGUACUCCGACAUCGGCACGCUGGCGUGGAUGAUCACCCUCAGCGACGGCCUCCACAACUUCAUCGACGGGUUGGCCAUCGGGGCCUCUUUCACAGUCUCCGUCUUCCAAGGGAUCAGCACCUCCGUGGCCAUCCUCUGCGAGGAGUUCCCGCACGAGCUGGGGGACUUUGUCAUCCUGCUGAACGCCGGGAUGACCAUCCGCCAAGCGCUCUUCUUCAACUUCAUCUCUGCCUGCUGCUGCUAUGUGGGCUUGGCCUUCGGCAUCGUGGCCGGCAGCCACUUCUCUGCCAACUGGAUCUUUGCGCUGGCCGGAGGGAUGUUUCUGUACAUUGCGCUGGCUGACAUGUUCCCUGAAAUGAAUGAGGUCAGCCAGGAGGACGAGCAGAAUGGCAGCAUGCUGAUCACCUUCGCUAUCCAGAACGCAGGGCUGCUGACGGGCUUCACCAUCAUGGUGCUGCUCACCAUGUACUCCGGCCAGAUCCAGAUAGGGUAGGACCAGCCCGACUCACAGCCCUGUUCCAGUUUUUCUGCUUGUUUUUUUUUGUUUGGUUGGUUUGGGGGGGGGGGGGGGGGGUAUUUCUUUUUUUUUUUUUUUUUUUUUCUUUCCUUUUCCUGCUGCAAGCAAACAAUGGUACCUGUGUGGCACUGACAUCACACUACAGAAGAGGCAUUGCUUUUAAAGCUAUUCCACAGACUUCAUUUUAUUUUGGUUUAAGGCUGAGGGGAGCUUAAUCCCCUUUGCUGUAGGACUGAACUGACCAGAGGAUCUCUUUCCAGUGUCCUAUCCCUUCUCUCCUCACAUGUCCUGGGAAGGAUGGAGUUGGGAGACAGGAGCUCCUCUAGCUGCGUUGCUCCCCUCCUUGUGCUCGGAGUGGUGCGAUGGGAUGUGAUGCUCUCCUGACCCCUUUGUGGGGGGUGUGUGAUGGGGACAGAUCAGUACAGAUCCUUCUUGGAGAGUUACCUACCAGCCAGUCCUCGGAGAUGUGCUCUCCAAGCACAGACAGCUGCCGAGGAAGAGGAGGCUCGAGGAGCACAGCUCAUGAUUUGAGCGUCACCUUUGCUGUCUUCAGAAGCGUGUCUCUGGAGCCACAUCUGGUUUUGCUCCUGUUCUGCCUUGGCAGCCCAGACGAUGCCCUGGGAAGAGCAGGGUGAAGAGGUUUUUUUUUUUUUUUUCAAAGCACAUUCUGGGCGUCAGCGCUCGGAGCAGAGGACACCAAACCGCACCUCAUGCGGGUCAGACUGACACAUGGGCUGCGUGGGGCAGCGGCUGGGAGAAGGCUGGCAGGAUGCCCUUACCUCCCUUAGGUCCCUGCUGCUGUAUGGGAGGAAAAAAACCCUUCUUCUGUGAGGGCAGCCAUGUGGCAAUGCUGGUGAGACGGGCAUGACAGCAGUGCGGGGCAAGGGCAGAGCCGGGACGGUGAGCCUCUGCCCGGCCACAGACUCCCCAGCCAGGGGAUCGGUCCUUAGACUGUGACCAAGCUCACGCCAACACCUGGGAACGGACACCGGUUUUUAAACACUGAUGCUGCUGAGUUGCUGAGGUUCGGGGGUGGGGGCUGGGUGUUUUUUUAAAAAAAAAAUAGACUGUAAACCUCUUUAGGUUGUGUGUUUCCAGCCUUAGGGAGUAGCCAGAGAAGGGUGUUACAGGCACUUCACAGCUCUGCUUCUGGGCUGGCUUUCCCCAGAUUCACUAGGUGAAUUGACUUAUUAUCAUAUUGAUAACGUUGCCCACCCCGCCCGUGUUGCCUGAGGUCCCCUUGCACCUCCUUCUCCCCCCAGACCUUAUCCUGCACCCAGGAGUGCUGAGUUUGUGGCCACGCUGAUAGGUGGGAGCUGAUUUAGGCAGCUUACCCUAGUGGGUACGGCGCUGGAUUGGGAUGAAGGAGUGGUGCGGAUGGCUUUGAGACGUGCUUUGGUGUAUGUGCCGGGGAUGGCUUGUCACUGAGCGUUUUCCUUCAUUCCCUGCCUGUGCAGGUGGCCGUGGGGGUGUGUGACAGUGUGAUGGCCAUCCUGCCACCUCGGCUUGGUGCUGCUCAGCACUGGAGGCUGGAGCUGAGGCUCCCCGCACCUUCCCUUCCACCCCUGUUGGAAAGCAAAGCAGAAGGUGUGCCAGGUAUUUUUCCUGCCCAUCGCAAAAGAGACAAGGGACUUCAGCCCUUGACAUAGCCUGGGGCAGGCUCAGCACCAUCUGGUAGCGUUGUACCCUGGUUUGAUCGCUGGCUGCCAGUACCUCACUGUAAUUCUUAAUUUGCCUUAGGUACCAGCUGGAUGCUGUUGCUCUUAGGCUCCUAACAGUUGCAUUGAGUCCGUAGGUCUCUGCCUGUUGAGAUGUGGCACUGCCAGUAUCCUCGUGGCUCAGCACCUCUGCUCUCGGGGGCUUUGGCUAGGCCAGGCAUUGACUUUGUCCCCUCGGCACUCAGGAGGCUGUUGGCUUUGUCCCGCACCCAGAAGGUUAAAUAUCAGCAUGUCGAGGAGCAGGGAGCCUUCUUGGGAGCACCCUUCAACCCAGAGGUCCCACACGGUCCUUGGGCCGCUUGCUGCCAUUGGUGAUGCCCUCAAGGAGAGACGGGCUCUGCUUUAUCCCGUGCAGUGUCUCUUGUUCGUGUGGACGGUCAUCAUAAGUCACUCUUCCCUCUGCGGCUGGUCCGUGGGACAGAGCCACCUCGAAGCAGUGUGACCUGUCCUGGCUCGGGCACCCAGCCACCUCUGCAGCACUUCGCAGUCAUUACCCGUGCUUUAUGUUGCUGCUAAUUUAUCAGUAGUUGGGAGGAAAGUGGUAUUGGAAACUCCCUUUCCCUGCUUGAGAGAGCUGCAGCCCCGUCUGACCGACUUGAUGUGGAAAAACUGAGUCCUCUGAAUGGCAUAUGUGCCCUCUCUUCUCUCUCAAGGAAGUAUUUGGAAAACACUGUAUCGCUGGCGGCUUUCCACGGGGCAGAGGGCAGCUAUAGCACUGCCAGGGCUAAGUCGUGGCUGGCAGGAGCCGUUCAGCGGUGCACACAGAUGGAACAGCCUCUGCGUUGGAGGCGAAGGGGGGGAAAAUCUUGUUUUCUGUCCCCUGGGGACCGCGAGGUGCUUGCAGACUGUGGCUGGGAGGUCCUCUGCGUCCCCAAGAGCUGGAAACGUGGCAAGGACUGACGCUUGGCUUCCUCGGAGCCGGUACGGGCCCCUCGGCACACGGUGGGGAUCAUGAGUCCGUCGUCUUCUCAUUUCAAGUUUAACCCUGUUUCUUGCCAACUGAGUUGACUUCGAGAAAUCUGUGACCCAAAGAUUGGGUGUGUGGGUGGGGGUGAAACCCCUCAGAGAAACAAGGCUCCUCGCAGAGAGGGACCCUCCUUCCGCCACAGGACUGGUGGGAGAGAGCUCCUGUCCCUGGCUCAGGCAGGCUGGUACCUGCCAUCGGAGAAGGGAUGGGGCAGGCAGGAGGACGAGGAGGGAAAGCGACCCAAAUUGAGCCUGUUAUGGAUUUUCAUCCGUGUUUCCCUUCCCAUGUCCAGUUCGAAGCUCAAGUUCCAUCUCAGUAUUUCAAUAACUCAGGUGUUGUAAGAGAUAAGCGUUGAAACAAAGAACAUAACUUAUGUCACGUGAAUUGUAAAGUUAUUUGUAAAAUUCCAUAAAUAAAAUAUAUUCUGUAAUGA